CAUGAAUCUCGUCCCUCCACGCUAAAAGGGAGAAAAGAGAGAGGUCUUAGGUGGCUCUUCCCCCUGGCUGUUCUGUUUGCCUCCCCGACCUUACAUGGUGACUCGCAGGAGGAGGCCGAGGACUGACAGACGGCCGAAAUGGCUGAUCAGCAGACGGCAGAGAAGCCCACCCCAAAGCCUGAGAGCAAAAACAAAGAGCCGCAGAAAUUUGUAUAUUUACAACUCCAGCAAGACAGAACGGGUGAUGGAGGCGGUCGUGUUGCUGCCCUGGUUCCUGGUCGAGGCCCGAGUGGACCUGCCCAUUUCAUACCUCUCACAGCCAAGCUAAACUCCAUUUCAGUGUUGGGCUCUGGCUCCAGGCCCUCGCGCACUACUGUACCACCUCCUCGUAAUCCUACUGGUGCUGUCGUAAGCGUUGGAUCGCCACGUUCUGUAGUCGCCACCACAGUCACGGUUGCAGCCACCCGAUGCAUGGCAACCUCAGCGGUCACGGUCUCAAGUAGUAGACCGGUGACGACUGUGGCAGCCAGACCAGGAGCGGCAGCCACGGUCGUUCGCAAGACACACACUAAUGUUGUGGUUUCAUCAGGAAUAUCCCGGCCGGUGGUGCCGCAGAGUGCCACCACUAUCACAGUCCUGGGGUCGGGGGGGCCACUCCCAAACACCCCAGCGACCGUCCUUCGCCCGACCGCCAGCCAGGGCAGCCAGUCGCACGGCCCAGUCAUUCUCCACACGUCCAAAGUGUCGCCCCCCGUGUCCUCCUCUUCCACGUCAGGAGGCGGGAAGGUGGUGUCGCCCAGGCUGGUCCCUAUACCCAUUACGCAGGUGAGGUCAGGGGUCGCAAACAAGGCAGUCCUCUCCUACAGUGCCAUCCUGCAACCUGGGGGCAGCUCGGGAGGGGGUGGAGUGGUAGGCAGUGGCGUGAUGGCCAAGAAGGAAGGUCAUGCACCCUCACAGCCCCUCCUCCUUCAGGCAGCUCCUCCCACUACGGUGAAAGGAGCUGCGUUGGCCAAGACCGCCGGUGCCACAAUAAGCAUCAUCACUGGCAAGGGUACGAAGCAACCAGGGGCAGUACCAGGUCCCAGUCCAAGCCCAGUCAACAUGCUCUCUGUUAAUCUCGGCCAGAACAAGCCCAACAUGAUCAAUUUCAAGAUAUCAAAUGGACAAAUUCAAGCUGAUAGCAUGCAGCAAGUUGAUGUUCUUCGGGAAGCUCGGCCUAUGGUCCAGGGAGGAGGCAAGCAAGUAGAUGAGAGGAAGGACAACCCUAUGGUGAUGGCUGGUCUUGCCCAUGCCGUCGGAACAGGAUCAGUCACGGUUUCGGUCACGGGGUCAUUGCCGGGCUCGGGGCCAGGGGUAGGAGGAGGCGUAGGAGCUGGGCCAAUGAUUGUCCCCGGAACUGCGACAGCGUCAGUGCCAUUCUCUAACCAAGUGUCCAUACCAACGUCACUGCCAAUGACCGUGACCGUGGCAAGAUCAGUACCUGAACCUCCAAUAAGCUCAACUGUUGAUGACGAUUCCUCUUUAGAUACGAGAGAUUUGAUGUGCACAAACAAAGGAGAGAGAGAAGAUAUUCUGCAAAAGGCUGUCAGCCAGCUCGGAGUUGCGCUAGAGGAGAGCAGACAGAGAGGCUCAGAAGACUUCCCGCCCUACCUUGAAACCUACGAGCAUGAGCCGCAGCUGAAGCCAGACGCAGAAUUCGUGGAACCAGACAAGGACAAGGAAGUGGGUGAGGAAGUGGUCAGGGUGAAGGAAGAACCCAUGAGCAUUGACUCGGAGUCACAGGUGCUCGACGUGAGAAAAGAGAUCCUGCGGACAAUGUUGAACAAGUCACAAAACUCGUCAAGGAGUUCUAGCCCCAGCCAGGAGGUGCAGGUUGAGCCCCUGGACAGAGUGAAGGAGGAAAAGUCCCCGUCAAGAGAGGCCGAGAACUGCACCGAGCACAAGGCCGACAACAGCCCAGCCGGGAAGCCCAGGCAGCAAGAGGCAGAGGAAGACAUCAAGCCCGAAAAAGUGAAGUUCAUCGAGCUCCUGAAGUGGGAGGACGGGGUCGGGAAGCUCGAUGGAACGGACCUCAAGUUCAAGAUCAACGAGUUUGACGCCGUGGAGAUCAUCGAGGACAGAGAUCUGGAAGACAUCAAAAAUAACCACUGCAAGAAGGUGGAGCCACUUACCACCAGACACCACGCACGCAAACCCAACUUCCGCGACCUCAUAAAAGACGAAGAAAUAUUCUCCGACAACUCCCAGGAUUCAGAGUCGCAGGGAAAUAAGUCAACCAGAGAAUCUGAUGACAUCUGCUGCUGCAAGAACUGUGGCUGUUAUGGCCUAAGUUCCGAGUUCUUCCGAGACAGCAACUUCUGCUCUGUUGCUUGUGGGGAUGAACACGACGCAAGAGAACUGGAGUGGGGUAAAGAACGGCUAAAGCAGGAGAAGGAGAGACAGAGGAGAAAGAAGCUCAGGCAGUGUGAGAAAGGCGAGGGGGAUGAGCAGGGGGCUGGCUGCGAAGGAAGCAGGGAGGGCAACCGCAGUGAGGCCGAGGAAUCGGGGCAGGUCAGCGAUGACGAAUCUAGACAAGCGAGGAAUCUCAUGGGCACAGAGUCUCUAGUGAGCCGAUUUCAGCAUCCAUGGCAGGAUGGGAAGAACAAUUUCUCCUGGGUGAAAUACUUGGAGCACUGUGGGAGAGCAAAAGGCAUGGCGAAAGCAGCACCCCUGAAGCUUUGGCCAGAACCGUUUCCCUUUGGAAGGAAUCUCUUCAAAGCAGGCAUGAAGUUGGAGGCAAUUGACCCACAACACCAGUCCCUCUUUUGUGUCAUGACAGUGGCCGAGACCAUUGGGUACAGAGUGAGGCUUCACUUUGAUGGCUACUCAGACCAGUACGACUUCUGGGUCAAUGCUGAUUCCCCAAACAUUUUUCCAGCUGGAUGGUGUGAGAAGAAUGGGAGACAGCUGGAGCCACCCCUUGGGGUGCUAGGAUUUUCAUGGAAGGCAUAUCUAGAGCACUGCAAGGCUCAGACAGCACCUAGACAGGCCUUUGCCAAUAAAGGUAAUUCCACCGUCAUCCCACCUAAUAAUUUCCGAGUGGGCAUGAAACUCGAGGCAGAAGACAGAAAGAACAUGUGGGUCUGUGUAGCCACUGUGGCAGAUGUGCUUGAUAAUCGUGUACUCAUUCAUUUUGACGGAUGGGACAAAGCCUUUGACUUCUGGAGUGAAGUGUCAUCACCUUACAUCCACCCUGUUGGGUGGUGUGCUGACAAUAACAUCGUUCUCCAUCCUCCGAAUAAUUACCCAAAUCCAGAGAGCUUCAACUGGCAUGAGUAUAUCCAGGAAACUAAUUCCAUGGCUGUCCCUGCCAGGGCUUUUAAGACCAGACCUCCAAGAGAGUUCAAGAAGAACAUGAAACUAGAGGUAGUUGAUAAGAGGAACCCGAGUCUCAUACGUGUGGCCACCAUAGUUGAUGUGCAGGUAUACCAAAUAAAGAUCCACUUUGAUGGGUGGGGUGACGCCUACGACUACUGGCUUGAUGAUGACUCGCCAGACAUCCACCCACCGUCUUGGAGCAACAAGACGGGCCACCCUCUGCAGCCACCCUUAACCCCAGAACAACAGGCAGAGGACGUAGAUUCUGGCAUGGGGUGUGGAACAGCCGGCUGUAAGGGCAUAGGACAUGUGAAAGGCCCCAUCUAUACCACCCACCACACGGCAUAUGGCUGCCCGUACUCCACACAAAAUCUGAACAAGGACUUGGAUACCUUGAUCCCAGACAGACUUCAGCCAGCCCAGGAGAAGAAGAAGGGCAAGAUUGCUCCCAAAGUCAAGCUGGAUCUCCGUCCAUUCAGUGGGAACAAGGAUGCCUUUGCAGACGAGACGCCUUGCCAGAAGAAGAGAGUCCGGAAGAGACGCAAGUUCUUCGAUGAACUGAGUCCCCCGGAACCUACUCGACCACAGAAGGUUCCAAAGGCAAACGAGGAGGUCAGGGCAGCCAGCAACUCUAAUAUAUUACCCAGUGCAAUAUCGUCGUGUACCGUGACCAUUGCCACCGCCACAGCACCAAUAACAGUAACAACGGUUACAUCAAAUGCGACAACGCCAACUUCGUCCAACCAGGUAUCGCCUACUGGCUUCCCUCAGCAACAACAACAACAACAACAAUCACAGCAACAGCAGCAACAACAACAGCCGCAGCAACAUCAACAGCAGCAGCAACAGCAGCAGCAUCACCAACAACAGCAACAGCACCAACAUCAACAACAACAUCAGCAACAACAGCAACAUCAUCAACAGCAGCAGCAACAGGCACAACAACAACAACAGCAACAACAGGCACAACAACAA